GCCCGCUGCUCGGCUCCAGCCAUCACGUUCCCAGCUGCCUCCUCAUCGAGAACUUUCCGUGACUGAAGAGACUCUGUCCGCGGCGAACACAUGGCAACCGAAGGCAGCUUCCCCGAUAGCUUCAUUGACGACGACCCACAGAAAGCUCUGGAGGCACUGAAUGAGGCCUUGGAGGGAGACUCUGACAACGCUGAGUGGUUUUGCCAGCGCGCUUAUGCCCACAUCCUUCUCAAAAACUACAGCUGUGCCGCUGAUGAUGCCAAAAAAGCACAACAGCUAAAACCCAGCCUUCCUCUGGCUUUCAUGCGAACAGGAAUAGCAGAGUACUACCUGAACCACUAUGAGUCAGCACAAGAAGCCUUCACUCAGGGACAACAACUCGAUGUUUCUGACACAUCAUAUGAUAUUUGGAUCAAGCGUUGUGAGGAGAUGAUGGGGGAUUGCAUACAGAACGGCAGCGAAAGCACGACACCGGCGGUUCCACCUGUCAAACAUGACUGGUACCAAACAGAAUCUCAAGUCAUUGUCACAGUCAUGGCGAAGAACGUACCCAAGGACGGUGUGUGUGUCAACUUCAUGGAAAAAGAGCUCAAUACCAUGAUUCAGUUGGCAUCGGGGGAGAGCUACAACUUUCACCUCAACCUGCUGCACCCCAUCAUCCCUCAACAGAGCAACUUCAAGAUCCUCACAACCAAGGUGGAGAUCAAGAUGAAGAAGACAGACGGCAUCAGAUGGGAGAAGCUGGAGGGAGAAGGACAGGAGUCCAACAUCAAACACUUCAAUCCAAAUCCGCCCCCGACAGCUUCCAGCCACGCCCACAAAUGGGACAAGAUGGUGGUUGACAUCAGCGAGGAGGAGAAAAGCGAGAACCUGGAGGGAGAUGCUGCGCUCAACAAGCUCUUCCAGCAGAUCUACUCGGACGGGUCAGACGAGGUCAAGCGAGCCAUGAACAAGUCCUUUAUGGAGUCAGGUGGUACGGUCCUGAGUACCAACUGGAAAGACGUGGGCAAGAGAAAAGUGGACGUGAACCCACCAGACGAUGCCGAGGUCAAGAAGUACUGAGCUCCCCUCAACCCAACUCCCGACCACCAUUUUUUUUUUUGUCAGGCAACAUCUUUCUUCACGUUUGUCCAUCUGAGCUCCAGCUGUGUCCUGCUGUCCUCGGCCUCUGUGGCCCUCCACCUCCUCUGGCCCCCCCGCCUGAGUGCAGGGACCCUCUGUGUUCCCUCUGUCACUCGCCCAAACCACACAAAGCCCGUUGUCCUCAGGUGCUGACAACCAGAGGGAAUAGGUGUAUUAGAAUAAUCUGUUGAACAGAUUGAUUUUCCUUUAUCUGAUUUUUAAAGGCCAUUAGACUCAAAAGGGAAGUAAUGUACAGAUUCAAAUGUUACUGACGGACCUGAAACUCAAAUUCAUCCAUCAGACCCUCGUUUUCUCUUAGUUUUGUCACAACGCCUGAAGCCUUUUGUAUUCGGAAGCCUUUAUGACUCUAUUAUCAGCACUUGUAUAACAGUGUAAAAGAACAAGUUUGAGAUGUUUUACUGACAACAAUUAUGUAAUUUCUUGGCUCAUUCACUUUUCUUCUGUGUACACUCUGUCUACAACCAACAGCAAAACUACUCUGCAAACUGACUAAUCGGGAACCUGUGUGACUUGUCAGCCAGUGGCUUUGCUUCGGUCGUCCCCAACUUCAGUGUAAAUAAAAGAUUUGUUGUUUGGCUCAAAAA